CUUGCCCCAACAAAAAAAUCAGUAAAUCCCUUGGGAUCCCCUCUCUCUUUCUCUCCAUCCAAAAUCCAAAUGUAACGCUGCUGCUGCUGCUGCAAACACAAUCAGCCAUUCAUAAAAGGCAACAACACAACUGCACUGACACCCGUAACGCUUUCUCUCUCCAUCUGUCUCUAGGGUUUCAAGUUUUUCAUAAAAAAUUAUAGCACCUCUCUUUUUCGAAAAUGACAACUAUGCCCCCACCUUCUUCUACCACUGUCUCUCCUUCUCGCACCACUUGCGCCUCUCUCCUUCACGAAUUGCAGAUAAUAUGGGAUGAAAUUGGGGAGAACGAUGGCCAAAGGGACAAGAUGCUUCUACAGCUUGAGCAAGAAUGCCUUGAUAUUUACCGUAGGAAGGUUAAAAACACUAGGAAGUAUAAAGCUGAUUUGCAUCAGUUGUUGGCUGAUGCCAAAGCUGAAAUCGCGAACCUCGUUUCUGCACUUGGGGAAAAUGCCUCCUUGUUUUCACCGGGAAAGGGCCCACUAAAGCAGCAAAUAUCUGCUGUAAACCCUGUUUUGGAUGAAUUGAGGUUGAAGAAGCAAGAAAGAAUGAAGGAUUUUUAUGAGACAGAGACGCAGAUAGCUCGAAUUUGUGCAGAAAUAGCUGGCAGUGACCGGUCUUUUGAUUCUGCUGACCCAGAAAUUGAUGAGCGUGAUCUGACAGUGAAGAGAUUGGGGGAACUAAAGUCACACCUUAAGGAACUUCAAAAUGAAAAGAGUUUGCGGUUACAAAAGGUCAACAGCAGCAUUAAAACAGUUCACGAUCUAUCUGUGGUGAUGUCAAUCGAUUUCUUUAAGACUGUCAAUGAUGUUCAUCCUAGCCUGAGUGAUCCGUCAAAGGCUCAAUCAAAGAGCAUUAGCAAUGACGCACUUGCUAGAUUAACAAGCACAAUACAUUCACUGAAGCAAGAGAAGCAACAAAGGCUAGAAAAGCUUCAAGGUCUUGGACACAAACUGAUAGAGCUAUGGGACCUCAUGGACACGCCUGUUGACGAGAGAAGAUUGGACCAUGUCACUACCUUAAUCUCUGCCUCAGUGGAUAAUGUAUCCAGACUAGGGUGCCUCGCUGUUGAUGUUAUUGAGCAGACCGAAGUUGAAGUUGAGAGAUUAAAUGCUCUCAAAGCCAGCAAGAUGAAGGAAUUGGUGCUUAAGCGGCAGAAUGAGCUGGAGGAAAUCUAUAGAGGAGUUCAUAUGGAUGUAGAUAGUGAUGCAGCGAGGCAGAUUCUCAUCAGCCUCAUAGAAUCCGGUAAUGCUGAAAUGUCUGAGCUGCUUGCGAGCAUGGAUGAUCAAAUCACAAAAGCCAAAGAGCAAGCUCUUAGUCGGAAGGAUAUAUUGGACAAAGUAGAGAAAUGGAAAUUUGCAUCUGAGGAAGAGCAGUGGCUUGAUGAAUAUGAAAAGGAUGAUAAUCGGUAUAGUGCGGGAAGAGGAGCACACAGAAAUCUGAAACGUGCUGAGAAAGCACGGGCUCUGGUCAGCAAAAUACCAUCAAUGGUUGAAAGUUUGACUUCUAAAGUCAAGGCCUGGGAAUUGGAGAGAAAAGUCCCUUUCUUAUAUUACAAGGCUCCCCUCUUACAUACCUUGGAGGAACAUACCAUGUUAAGACGGGAGAGGGAAGAGGAGAAGCGUCGAUCUCGGGAGCAGAAACGUCUGCAAGAACAAUUUGCUGCAGAACAAGAGGCACUUUAUGGUUCAAGGUCAGCGAUUAAGAAGCCCUUGGGUCUGAGCACCAGUGCCAACACAAUGGCUGGAACACCGACUGCACGACGCGGGGUCACUCCUUUUGGCCAUCAUGCAAGCUCAGCUGGAAAGCAACGUAGAGAGAGCAGGGCUCAUAACGUAACGCCGAUAAACUAUGUUGCCCUUCCGAAGGAUGAUUCUGUUUCCCGGGGCUGCUAGUCUGUACACAUGCUUAUGACCUACUGUAAAUGAUACCGUACAGUUAGGAUGCUGGUUACAAUUCUCAUUUCCCCUAGUAUUUAUCUCUUGUUAAUGAGAAGAAAGGUGUCAACUUGUCUGUAUAAUCACAGAAGCGUACUCGGAUUAGCCUGAAUUAAGAGUAUAAUUUUUUUUUUUGCACAGUUCUGAGAUUCAGUUAAUUAGAAGAGUCAUGCAUUUCUGACUUCUGAGAUCUAGAGUUUGAGUUUCUUGUUUUUUAAAAACAAAUAAUUUGUCUUACAAUGAACUCAAGUUGCAAUUAAAGCAAUAAAUAAUCUUUCUUGUUCUA